AUGCUGCCGCCAGGGCGAAACGGCACCGCCUACCGGGCGCGGUCCCGGCAGCAGCAGCUGGCGCAGGGGGGCGCCGUGGGGGGCUCGGAGAGGGCGGCGCUGCUGGCGCCAGCGCAAGUGGUCACGGCCGGCCUCCUGACCCUGCUCAUCGUCUGGACCCUGCUGGGCAAUGUGCUGGUGUGCGCGUCCAUCGUGCGCAGUCGCCACCUGCGCGCCAAGAUGACCAACGUCUUCAUUGUGUCUCUGGCUGUGUCUGACCUCUUCGUGGCGCUGCUGGUCAUGCCUUGGAAGGCGGUCGCCGAGGUGGCCGGUUACUGGCCUUUUGGGGCCUUCUGCGACAUCUGGGUGGCCUUCGACAUCACGUGCUCCACCGCCUCCAUCCUGAACCUGUGCAUCAUCAGCGUGGACCGCUACUGGGCCAUCUCCAGGCCCUUCUGCUACGAGUGCAAGAUGACGCAGCGUGUGGCCUUGGUCAUGGUCGGCCUGGCGUGGACCUUGUCCAUCCUCAUCUCCUUUAUCCGAGUCCAGCUCCACUGGCACAGGGACAAGAUGGGCUCCUGGGGGGACCCGCCAUCUAACCUGGUCAACGGGACGCCCUGGGAGGAAGCCGGGGAGCCAGACUUGAGGGCGGAAAACUGUGCCAGCCUGAACCGAACUUAUGCAGUCUCCUCCUCGCUCAUCAGCUUCUACAUCCCGGUGGCCAUCAUGAUCGUGACCUACACGCGCAUCUACCGCAUCGCCCAGGUGCAAAUCCGCAGGAUUUCCUCCCUGGAGAGGGCCGCGGAGCACGCGCAGAGCUGCGGGAGCCGUGAGGCCUGUGCGCCCGACACCGGCCUGCGGGCAUCCAUCAAGAAGGAGACCAAGGUCCUCAAGACCCUAUCGGUGAUGAUGGGGGUCUUCGUGUGCUGCUGGCUGCCCUUCUUCAUCCUUAACUGCAUGGUCCCUUUCUGCAGCGGACACCCCGAGGGCUUUCCCUGCGUCAGCGAGACCACCUUCGAAGUCUUCAUCUGGUUUGGCUGGGCCAACUCCUCCCUCAACCCCAUCAUCUACGCCUUCAACACUGACUUCCGGAAGAUGUUUGCACAGCUGCUGGGUUGCAGCCACCUCUGCUCCCGCACUCAGGUGGAGACAGUGAACAUCAGCAAUGAGCUCAUCUCCUACAACCAGGACACCGCCUUCCACGAGGAUAUCGCAGCUGCCUACAUCCAUAUGAUCCCCAACGCGGUGACCCCGGGUGACACGGAGAUGGACCCGGAGGAAGAGGAGAGCCCUUUCCGUCGUACGUCCCAGAUCUCUCAGACGUCCCCAGAUGGUGACCCUGCUGCCCGGUCUGUCUGCGAGCUGGACUAUGAGGGGGAGAUUUCAUUAGGCAAAAUAACGCCUUUCACCCCAAAUGGAUUCCAUUAA